UCUUUCUUUCUAGACUUCAAAGACCCACAAACCUCACAUCUCUCUCUCUCUCUCUCUCUCCAUGAGUGAAAAUGGAUCAAACCCAAAACCAAGCUCAGAGAUCAGUUCCGACUGCGGCUCCAGCUUCAGCCUCCUCCUCAGCUUCUCGUGCCUACCAGUUCCACCCUGCUCGCGCUGCUAUCGUCGAUCUCUUCAACCUCUACUUAGGCAGAAGUAGUCGCCAGAAACCUGAAGAUUCUAUUCGAGAACCUCCGAACAAGACACAAAAGCGUGUGCUUGCACUAAACAGGGAGCUUCCUCCUCGGAAUGAGCAGUUCCUCUUAGAUUUUGAACAACUUCAAAGCCAGUUUUCUGACCAAGAGCAAUUGCGUGCUGUGACAGAAUCUGUUCUUAUAUCUCUGGUUGUGCAGUGUAGUGGUCAUGCACCACGGGCUGAAUUUCUUCUCUUUGCUUUACAGAGCUUGUGUAGUAUAGGUUACAUUAACUGGGAUACUCUUUUGCCACAACUUCUUUCAUCAAUCUCCUCUGCAGAAAUGACAGUGGGUCAGGGGAGUCAAGUGAUGCCAGCUGUUUCAUCUACAAGUUUAUCACAGUCUGGGAUGCUUCCACCUUCAAGCUCAAUUCCCAAUUCUUCUAAUUUUCAGUCUUCAAAUCCGGCAUCUCCAUUACCUUCAGUUCAUGGUAUUGGGUCCCCUGCCCAAUCAAUGACUGAACCACCAUCAUGUGCAACUCUGUCACCAGCCAAAUCAUCUGAUAUUUCCUGUAAUGGACAGCAAUCUACAGCCAGAGUAAAUUCAUCUAUAAGAGAUAAUGCUGUAAGCAGUCUACGUCAGCUGUGUUGCAAGAUUAUUUUGGCUGGUCUUGAAUUUAAUUUAAAACCAGUGACUCAUGCAGAAAUUUUCUACCAUAUGCUGAAUUGGCUGGUUAAUUGGGAUCAAAGACAACAGGGGAUUGAUGAAUCUGAUGCAGUGAAAUCUUGGAGACCUGACAAGGCUCUUAUUGAAUGGCUGCACAGUUGUUUGGAUGUGAUUUGGCUUUUGGUUGAAGAGGAUAAAUGCCGAGUACCCUUCUAUGAAUUAUUGCGGAGUGGUGUGCAGUUCAUAGAAAACAUACCUGAUGAUGAAGCUUUAUUUACACUUAUCUUAGAGAUCCAUCGGAGGCGAGAUAUGAUGGCUAUGCACAUGCAAAUGCUAGAUCAACACUUGCAUUGCCCUACAUUUGGUACUCAUCGGAUUCUGUCUCAAACAGCUCCUAAUAUUGCAGGCGAAGCAGUAGCAAACAUGCGAUAUUCGCCAAUCACAUAUCCAAGUGUACUUGGAGAACCAUUGCAUGGAGAGGAUCUUGCAAUGUCUAUUCAGAAGGGAAGUUUGGACUGGGAGAGAGCUUUGCGUUGUAUAAGGCAUGCUCUUCGCACUACUCCAUCACCUGAUUGGUGGAAGCGUGUGCUUCUUGUGGCUCCAUCCUAUAAGAAUCCUCAACCGCCAACUCCUGGUGCUGUUUUUACUUCUGAAAUGAUUUGUGAGGCAACUAUUGAUAGAAUUAUUGAACUAUUGAAGUUGACAAACUCAGAGAUAAAUUGCUGGCAGGAGUGGCUUAUCCUUUCAGAUAUCUUCUUUUUUCUUACGAAAAGUGGGUGUAUUGACUUUGUUGAUUUUGUGGACAAGCUACUUUCACGGGUUACAGAGGGUGAUCCACACAUUCUUAAGACAAAUCACGUUACUUUGCUGCUUGCACAAGUUAUAAGGGCUGAGCUUGUGAUGAAUGCUUUGAAUUCAGAUCCUAGAAAGGUGGAAACGACCAGAAAACUAAUAUCAUUUCAUCGAGAAGAAAGAAGCCCUGAUCCUAAUAAUCCUCAAAGUAUCCUGCUUGAUUUUAUAAGUAGUUGUCAGAAUUUACGUAUUUGGUCACUGAACACAGCCACCAGGGAUUAUUUGAAUAAUGAACAGCUCCAGAAGGGAAAGCAAAUAGAUGAAUGGUGGAGGCAAGCAAGCAAAGGUGACCGCAUUAUGGAUUACAUGAAUAUGGAUGAUAGAUCAAUUGGGAUGUUUUGGGUUGUGUCUUAUACCAUGGCACAACCAGCUUGUGAAACGGUAAUGAAUUGGUUAAACUCUGCUGGAGUUACAGAUUUGUUACCAGGAUCAAAUCUACAGUCCAACGAGAGGGUAAUGGUUAUGCGGGAAGUAAGCCCCUUGCCAAUGUCAUUAUUAUCUGGCUUUUCCAUGAACCUAUGUUUGAAGCUUGCCUUUCAAAUGGAAGAAAGUUUAUUUGCUGGGCAGGUUGUGCCUAGCAUCGCAAUGGUUGAAACAUAUACUAGAUUGCUGCUCAUUUCACCUCACUCAUUAUUUCGUUCACACUUCAGCAAUUUGGCACAAAGGAACCCAGCAUUAUUGAGCAAGCCUGGUGUAACUCUUUUGGUGCUUGAAAUUUUGAAUUACCGUUUGCUGCCAUUAUAUAGGUACCAAGGAAAAAGCAAAGCCUUGAUGUAUGAUGUCACAAAAAUAAUUUCUGCAAGAAAAGGGAAACGUGGAGAGCAUCGUGUAUUUAGAUUGGCUGAAAACUUGUGCAUGAAUCUUAUUUUGUCACUCAGAGAUUUUUUCUCAGUGAAAAGGGAAGGGAAGGGUCCUACUGAAUUCACUGAAACUUUAAAUAGGAUAACCAUUAUAACACUUGCCAUCACGAUUAAAACACGUGGAGUUGCGGAUGCAGAUCACCUGCUUUAUCUUCAAACUAUGUUAGAACAGAUAAUGGCAACUAGUCAACAUACAUGGUCAGAGAAAACACUGCGCUACUUUCCUUCUGCUCUUCGUGAUGCCUUAAUGGGGCGGAUGGAUAAAAGGAGCGCGGUGAUUCAAGCAUGGCAACAGGUGGAAACCACUGUAAUUAAUCAAUGCAAGCAACUCCUUUCACCGUCGGCUGAUCCUUCUUAUGUUACAACCUAUGUCAGUCAUAGUUUUCCUCAACACCGAAACUGUCUUUGUGCCGGUGCUUGGGUACUAAUGCAUGGGCACCCAGAGAGCAUAAACAGUGCAAACUUGGCACGUGUCUUGAGGGAGUUUUCCCCAGAAGAAGUUACAGCUAAUAUUUACCAAAUGGUGGACGUGCUACUUCAUCAUAUUCAAAUGGAACUUCAGCAUGGACAUCCCUUACAGGACCUUUUGUUAAAAGCUUGUGCAAACCUUGCAUUUUUUGUUUGGAACCAUGAGUUGCUUCCCUUUGAUAUUUUGCUUCUGGCACUUAUUGACCGUGAUGAAGAUCCCCAUGCUUUGCAUAUAGUGAUCAAUUUACUUGAGAGGCAAGAGCUCCAACAAAGAGUAAAAUUAUAUUGUAUAAAUCAUAAUCCUCCAGAGCAUUGGCUUCACUCUGGAAUGUUCAAGCGAGUUGAAUUGCAAAAGGCUCUCGGGAAUCAUCUCUCAUGGAAGGACAGGUAUCCCACAUUCUUUGAUGAUGUUGCAGCGCGUUUGCUUCCAGUCAUCCCCUUAAUUGUUUAUAGACUUAUCGAGAAUGAUGCCAUAGAUCCAGCUGACAGACUUCUUGCCAUGUAUUCUCCAUUUCUUGCUUACCACCCGCUAAAAUUUACAUUUGUUCGUGAUAUACUUGCGUAUUUCUAUGGUCAUCUUCCUGCAAAGCUCAUAGUCCGGAUAUUGAAGGUUCUUGAUCUCAAGAAGAUAUCUUUUUCUGAGUCAUUCGCACAGCACAUCACUUCACAAAAUCCUGUGUGCCCACCUAUGGACUAUUUUGCGACUCUCUUAUUGGGACUUGUGAAUAAUGUUAUACCGCCAUUACAUAACAACUCGAAAUCUGGAUCAAUGGGAGAACAUUUAAGUAAUUCAGUGCGUGCUCCACUUAAUAAGACUCCAGCAACAUCUCAGUCUGGGCUGGGAAAUGCUUCUGAGGGCCAGAAAGCAUUUUAUCAAAUUCAGGAUCCUGGCACCUACACUCAAUUGGUCCUUGAAACAGCUGUCAUAGAAUUACUCUCUCUCCCUGUGUCUGCAUUCCAGAUUGUGUCUUCAUUGGUCCAGAUAGUUGUCAAUAUACAACCAACAUUAAUUCAAUCCAGCAAUGGUCUGCAUGGAGCUUCAAAUGGUGUUGGGCAAGCUUCCGUAUUGCCAACAUCCCCUUCAGGAGGAAGCACAGAUUCCUUGAGUGCUGGCAGAUCAACUACAUCGGUUUCAGGAAUAAAUACCUCUAACAUUGUUUCUCGAAGUGGUUAUACGUGCCAACAACUAUCUUGCUUACUGAUCCAAGCUUGUGGUCUCCUACUGGCUCAGCUUCCUCCUGAUUUCCACGUGCAACUUUAUAUAGAGACAUCACGUAUAAUAAAAGAGAGUUGGUGGCUCACUGAUGGCAAAAGGUCACUGGGAGAACUAGACUCUGCUGUUGGCUAUGCUUUGUUGGAUCCAUCAUGGGCUGCUCAAGACAAUACCUCAACAGCCAUCGGUAAUAUAGUUGCCCUUCUUCAUUCUUUUUUCAGUAACCUUCCACAGGAAUGGCUAGAAGGGACUCAUGUCAUCAUUAAACAUCUCAGGCCAGUGACAUCAGUUGCAAUGUUGAGAAUAGUGUUCCGUAUAAUGGGUCCAUUGCUCCCAAGGCUUGCCAAUGCUCACUCUCUCUUCAAUAAGACUCUCUCAUUACUUUUAAGUGUAAUGGUUGAUGUGUUUGGGAGGAAUUCACAACCAUCAAUUCCUGUUGAAGCGUCGGAAAUAGCAGAUCUCAUUGACUUCCUCCAUCAUGUUAUCCAUUAUGAAGGGCAGGGAGGGCCUGUGCAAGCCAACAGCAAGCCUCGACCAGAGGCACUGGCUCUCUGUGGGAGAGCAUCAGAAAGUUUAUGUCCGGAUGUUCAGCACCUUCUGUCCCACCUAAAACCUGAUGUAAAUUCUUCCAUUUAUGCUGCUACCCAUCCAAAGCUGGUCCAGAAUCCGUCAUAACAGUUUUGGUGGCAUUUCUAGUAUGCUGAUCAGUACAUGUACAUGGUGCUAUUCUGAGCUAAAAUGAGACUCAAAAAGGGAGAUCUACUCGUAUACAGACAAAGACAGCCAUGCCGAACACCCUAUCCCGAAGAUAAAAGGGAUUUAGGAAGAUUUUAUAGUUUCUUGGAUCUUGAGAGGAAAAUGUAGGAACUAAGGCGAUAAACCUUGUAAUAUCAUCCAUCAAUGGUAUCUGAAAAAGUAAAUGUCAUUUGUUCUAAUGUAGAAGGGCAUGAAUGUUGUACUAAUUAGUAAAAGUCGGUCUAUAUUGAAGGGACAAAAUUGUAGAGACUACUUUCUAAUUCGCUUAUCACAUAUAAAAAGUAGAUGCAUCGUAUUUCGUAUAUA